CCUCCCUUCCCAGAGGGAACGACUACUCUUUCCCUUAAUAACGGAUCAGUGAUUGUCCGGCUGUGUUAGUCAAUCAUAUCCAGCGGGGAAAGGAGCACAAAGCGGUAUCAAUAGGUAUAUAUCUAUUGUGCCUAAGUAUAACAUGCAACAUCAGGGACCAGCAAGCUUCCAGACGUUGGAGGAGGAACUUUUAUGUUGUGUGUGUUUUGGUGAGCUUAAUGACCCCGUCUCCAUUGCUUGUGGGCACACCUUCUGCAGAGAGUGCAUCACAAGUUACUGGGACACACAACAUCUGAGGUGCCUCUGCCCCGAGUGCAGGACUGUUUGUCCCAAAGAUCAGCUGAUUCCUGUCCACAGACUCAAGGCUCUGAUAACAAAGGUCCAGCAGGGGGUUAAAGGAGAGCAGGCCAAGAAGGAGAGUUCUAUCUGUGCAAUUCAGUUAGUACACACAGAUGAAUUUGGUCACCUCCAAGUAAAUGAAGCCGCCAUUCAGACCUGUUUUAUGAACAGAGAGGUCUUGGAUUACUCCGUGUGCCUAAUAUGUGUGAUUGGAGAGAAAAAACAUGGUAAAUCCUCUCUCCUAAGCCGCAUUCUGAUGACUCUGUCCUGCCAGGAGAAGGGUCAACGACUAAGCUUGGGGUCUGACAAUAAGACAGGGUAUGAGUGGAAAGCUGGGACAACCAAGGCCAAGAGUAUCUGGAUCUGGAGCAAGCCAUUCAUUCUAGAACACUAUGGAGAAAAGAUGGCAGUGUUUGUUCUGGAUAUAGAAGACACACUGGAACUUGAUAGCUCUAGUGACAUUGGUAUUAGGCUCUCUGCUAUAUCAUUAGUGCUCAGCUCAUAUCUGAUUUUUAAUGUUGAGUCAGACCUGAAAAUAACAGUACUAGAUUAUUUUAAGAUGUAUUUCCGUGUUGCUAAGUGUGUUGGGGAGUCCUUUGAUCUGCAGCCCUUACAGCACCUGGAUAUCAUUAGAUGUGACGGGCAAGAGUUAAAGACUUGUGGAAAAGAAGACUUGUUGAAUUAUAUAAUUUGUGAAUCUCAGAAGCUGCAAAACCAAUCUCUGUAUCAACUGGUGUCAGAUACUCUGAAAGAGCCAUUAGCCGACUGCUCAUAUCUGCCCCACCGAGGGCGAGGUUUGGUAAACACCCGUCGGGGGAGAUCAGCAGAUAUGGAAGAGGAUUUUAAUAAACUCUUUACAACCUACAUAUUCACCCUUGUGAGAGACAUUUGGCUCCACAUAAAAUUGGAUAAAACAGGGGGAAAAGUGACGUGUGCUCAACUGGCAAGGAUAUUAAAGAGAGUUGUGAACAUUUUGCAAAGUGCACAACAGAAGUUUCCCUCCCCAUUGCAGAUGUUUUUUCACUUUAAAAAUUACAAGAACGUGGAGACAUUGAAAGAACAGUUCCACCGUUUUAUACACAAUAUGUCAAAAGAAGCAGAUUUUCACAUCAAGACUUUCAAUGCGACCGACCCAUUUCAAAUGGAGCCCAAAAUGCGUCACGUUGCGGCCAAUAUACUCCGUGAGUUUAAAGAGUCGUUUGUAGGUGAUGAUACCAGACAAAAGAAAAGGCUCGAGGGGGAACUGAAAUCCUAUGUGUUAAAUCACCAGCGAAAGUUCUCCGCAGACAACUCUAAGAGGUUCUGUGCAUUUCGAAAUCAGAAGAGGAUGGAGAAUAUUAAAGAAAAGUUUCUAAAUGUAAUUUUCCUAAAGUUAGAAGAAACAGAUCAUCUCAUUAAAGUUGAGAAUUUGAGGCCAACUGCAAUGGAGGCCAACAUCAGUGAUAUCACAACCUAUUUCAUGCGGGAGUUUAAAGAAUCAUUUAAAGGGGAUGAUGCCCAAGAAAAGGAAAGGCUUGAAAAUGAACUGGAAUCCUACAUGUUGAAACACCAACAAGAGUUCUGUGAAGGCUACUCCAAGAAGUUCUAUACAUUUCUAAAUCACAAGAUAAUGGUGAAUGUCAAACAGACUUUUGUGGGUAAAAUAAUCUCAAAGCAAUCAGAAACGACUUCUUUGAUAAAGAGCCAUGAGAUGCCUUUCAUAAUAGAGAAUGAGAUGAGUGAUGCAGUCAGGGAACAGCUUGUUAUUUAUAGGGAUUCCCUCGAAGGCAUUGAUGACCAAGAGAAGCAACAGAGAGUCAAGAAAAUGGAAUCUUAUUUUUUGUCAAAAAAGGAAUUGUUUUGUAAGGAGUACAGCAAGAAAUUUUAUGCUUUUGAAAAUGAAAACCUCAUGGAAAUAACAAAGAAAGAUUUCCAGGAUUUUCUAGAGCAAAUGAAAAAAGAAACAUCCACAUGUCUGCUGAACAACUUGAUGACGACGCCAUACAAAAUGAAGUCUAAGAUCAGGGAUUCUGUCUCUAACUACAUGUUUUCAUUUCAAAACUCACUCGCGGGCUCUGAUUACCAAGAGCAGGAGAUUCUUGUUAUUGGCCUGGAAGUGUUUCUCGCUCAACAGCAGGCGGCAUUUUGUCAAGAGUACAGCGACAGAUAUAGUGUGGACUUUUGGUGGUUUUUCUAUAAUGGAGACGUGAGACCUGAAUUCAUUGUGCUUGUGAUGAUUGUCGCCACGAUAUUGAACACAAUAGCACACCUUUGUGAUUGAGGAGAAAACAGUUUCUUGAAAGGUUGACAUGAAUAACCCAUUGAAAUUACAUAAAAGGCUCCGUUUUACGAUCAUGGCUAGUGAUGAGCCAAAUUUUUCACCAAGUCUCGCCAUGAAAAUAACACACAUGGACUCCAAUGGGUGAAAACAUUUUUGUGCAUGAAAAAAAAAUUGUUGAGCAUAGACUUCAACACAUUUUGGCAAAUUUUCACUGUUCCGUGAAUUUUUGGCAAAGCAAAACGGGUCAAAUUUGCCCAUCACUAACAAUUCAUGAUGAAAGGCCAUAACUAACCUGGUGACAAUAGUGUCCUAGGUACUUGGAUAACAUGAAUAACCCAUAGAAAUUACAUAAAAGGCUCAGUUUUAGGAUCAUGGCUAGUGAUGAGCGAAAUUUUUCACCAAGUCUCGCCAUGGAAAUAACACACAUGGACUCCAAUGGGUGAAACAAUUUUUGUGCAUCAAAAAAAAAAUCAUUGACCAUAGACUUCAACACAUUUUGGCAAAUUUUUGCUGUUCCGUGAAUUUUUGGAAAAGCAAAACGGGUCAAAUUUGCCCAUCACUAACAAUUCAUGACGAAAGGCCAUAACUAACCUGGUGACAAUAGUGUCCUAGUUACUUGGAUAACGUGAAUAACCCAUAGAAAUUACAUAAAAGGCUCAGUUUUAGGAUCAUGGCUAGUGAUGAGCGAAAUUUUUCAUCAAGUCUCGCCAUGGAAAUAACACACAUGGACUCCAAUGGGUGAAACAAUUGUUGUGCAUCAAAAAAAAAAUCAUUGACCAUAGACUUCAACACAUUUUGGCAAAUUUUUGCUGUUCCGUGAAUUUUUGGCAAAGCAAAACGAAUCAAAUUUGCCCAUUGCUAACAAUUCAUGACGAAAGGCCAUAACUAACCUGGUGACAAUAGUGUCCUAGGUACUUGGAUAACAUGAAUAACCCAUAGAAAUUACAUAAAAGGCUCAGUUUUAGGAUCAUGGCUAGUGAUGAGCGAAAUUUUUCACCAAGUCUCACCAGGGAAAUAACAUACCUGGACUCCAAUGGGUGAAACAAUUUUUGUGCAUCAAAAAAAAAUCAUUGACCAUAGACUUCAACACAUUUUGGCAAGUUUUCCCUGUUCCGUGAAUUUUUGGCAAAGCAAAACGAGUCAAAUUUGCCCAUCACUAACAAUUCAUGACGAAAGGCCAUAACUAACCUGGUGACAAUAGUGUCCUAGGUACUUGGAUAACGUGAAUAACCUAUAGAAAUUACAUAAAAGGCUCAGUUUUAGGAUCAUGGCUAGUGAUGAGCCAAAUUUUUCACCAAGUCUCGCCAUGAAAAUAACACACAUGGACUCCAACGGGUGAAACAUUUUUUGUGCAUCAAAAAAAAAAUCAUUGACCAUAGACUUCAACAAGUUUUGGCAAAUUUUUGCUGUUCCGUGAAUUUUUGGCAAAGCAAAACGGGUCAAAUUUGCCCAUCACUAACAAUUCAUGACGAAAGGCCAUAACUAACCUGGUGACAAUAGUGUCCUAGGUACUUGGAAAAAAUAUUUUUAUACAAUGACUUCAUUUAUUACAUGUAGAUACCAUAAUACAGCAUGAUACAAAACUAUAUAUAGUCAUCAAGGGCUCCUCUUGUUUAUCUACUAAAUCCUAACCCUUAAUCCUCGACUGGCUCAAGAAAUAGUCUUUCCUGUAGUGGCUAAAACCUAUUUGUCCAUUUUCUUCACAUUCCUUACAGAACUAUUGUAUCACUGGUGCUUAAUAUUCACUGAGUGUUGUCAGGUUGUUAGAUUUAGAACUUGUUUUUGUUACUUUACUUUUAUUUUUACUUUCACUCUGGUAAAAUGUAAAUAAGACACUCCAAUUGUUAUCAUUAUUGUAUUCCUGUUCUAUAUCUCGAGUCUCCAUAACCAGUUUGGAGAUGCCUCAUUUUACAACUUUGCAUUUUUGUUAAAUUCCUACUUGU